AUGUCAGGAGACAGGCACUCCGAAGCCUCAGCAGGUGUCGUCCAUGCUGCAAACAUCAACCUCAGCUGUGUGUUCAACACCACCAACAGCAGCGACUCGGACUUCCUCCACCUGCCGGACUUCCACAAACCCGACUUUGUGGGAGAUGGCGCGGCUGUCGUGCGGAUUAUCAUCUCUGUCAUCUACUCGCUGGUGUGCGCGCUGGGCUUGGUUGGAAACGUGCUGGUUCUGUACCUCAUGAAGUCCAAACACGUGUGGAAAAAAUCCUCCAUCAACUUGUUCGUAACUUGUUUGGCGCUCACGGACCUGCAGUUCGUGCUGACUCUGCCGUUCUGGGCGGUGGAGAACGUGCUGGACUUCACGUGGCUGUUCGGCAAAGCCAUGUGCAAGAUCGUCUCCUACGUGACGGCCAUGAACAUGUACGCCAGCGUGUUUUUCCUCACCGCUAUGAGCGUGACGCGCUACUGGUCGCUCGCCUCCGCGCUCAAGGGCAGGCGGCGGCGGCCGCACUGCUGCCCCGCGCGGUGCAUCGCCGUCUUCAUCUGGAUUGCCGCUGUGUCCGCCGCGCUGCCGCACGCGGUUUUCUCCACGACCGUGAGCGUGUCCAGUGAGGACUUGUGCCUCGUCAAGUUCCCGGAGACCAACGGAAGCGCGCAGUUCUGGCUCGGGCUGUAUCACUCUCAGAAAGUGCUGCUGGGGUUCGUGCUGCCGCUGGGCAUCAUCUCCGCCUGCUACCUGCUCCUGUUGCGCUCCAUCACCUCCAAAAACAUCAACAACGCGAGCGCCAAACGACGCGCGAAGGUCACCAAGUCCGUCACCAUUGUGGUGUUGUCGUUCUUCCUCUGCUGGCUGCCCAACCAGGCGCUGACCGCCUGGGGCAUCCUCAUUAAACUCAACGUAGUCCACUUCAGUUACAAGUACUACACCACGCAGGUGUACGUGUUCCCGGUGUCCGUGUGCCUGGCGCACUCCAACAGCUGCCUGAACCCCAUCCUGUACUGCCUGAUGAGGCGGGAGUUCAGGAAGGCGCUAAAAAAACUCUUCUGGCGCAUGACGUCGGCGACAAUCAGGCCGAUCACAGCCACCACGAAGCCCGCGAUGGACGAGCAGGGCCAGGUCCUGGUGGUGCCGGGGAGCGCGCCCGAGGAGCCCGCGGUAGUGUUCUACCCUCCGGGGGCGGUGAUCUACAACGACCGGCGAGACCUGCCGCAAUAG